CCCUGGGAGAACCAUAGACUGCGAGUACUCUGGCAGCACCAGGACAAACAUGAGGGCAUUGUUUGAUUGUGUCGAGAACAGAAGAGUCUUCUUCGCCGAAUCUUUCCAUGCUGCCUUGGCAGACGCUGGAACUAAUGACAAAGAUCUUAUCCGCCUGGUGGUGUCUCGCUGCGAGAUUGAUCUUGGCAACAUAAAAACAGAGUACCAUAACUUGUAUAACAAACAUCUUGAGGAAGACGUCAAGGCUGACACUUCAGGGGAUUACAAGAAGGUUCUAGUCUCUCUCCUUGGCUAGAUUCAACAAGACUGGCACAUGCAUGGAGUCUAUGAACUGUUCUUAUUAAUAUGAAGUUACUCUGCCUUAAACAUUUUCUAGUUUUAUUAAUAUUGUAAAUAACUUUGUAUAACUUGUACAAUAAAAUUAACACCAUUAA